AAACCCUUCCUAAGUCCUCCAACAACUCCAAUUUUCCCAGUUGCCCUAGGGUUCAAUUCUUGAGCUGUACUUCACGAAUUGCAGCAAUUGAGGAGCUCAAAUUGUGUAAUCAAUGGGAAAGCUAGGGAAGAAGGCGAGGAAAUUUGCGAAGAAGCAUCUUCAGUCUGUGCUGAGGCAGCGGCGGAAAACGAAGGCUUUAUUCAAGAGGAAAGCUUCCAAAGGUGGGCAAAAUGACAUUGAAGAACAAGUGGAUAAUUCCGUGCCGCUUGCUAAUGGAAGGAGCAUUGAAUGUGAAGGCAUUGAGAAUACUUCUCUUGAUGCGGUGUUUACUGAAAACGAUAUGGAUGAGGUUGCAGAUGCAUCAGAUAGUGAUGGUUAUCUUACUGAGGACUCAGGCUGCCCAGAUGCUGGGGAAAGUGAGACUGGGAAAACCCUAGAAGAUGAAAUUGCUAGUAGUACCUAUUCAGCUCAGAAUGAGAAAAUCCAUGCUGAUCUUGCCAUUCAAAAGAAGAAAUUGGAUAGGUUGAAAAAGAAGGAUCCAGAAUUCAGUAAGUUCUUAGAAAGCUUCAACAACAGUGCUGAAACAUUUAAAAAUGAAGAUGAGUACUCAGAUGAGGGCGACUCAAGCGAUCAAGAGCAAGGUGAUAAUGACCUAAACAAAGACAAAGGCAAACUCUUGACAAAUAGUGUCAUCAAUACAUGGUGUCAAAUGGUCAAGGAAGACCAUAGCCAGUCAGCCCUCAUUAGUCUACUGAACGCUUAUCGUUCAGCUUGUCACUAUGGAACCGAAUCAAUUGGCCAUACGAUUGAGAACAGCGAAACCUUUUGCAACAUUCUGCUUUUCACACUCUCUAACGCAAAUGAUAUAUUUCGAGGCCUAUUGAAGAUGUCAUCUUUAAAAAGUACAAAAGAGACAUUACAGGAACUGAAGAAAGCUGCAACAUGGAACAGUUUGAAACCACUAGUCAAGUCUUUUGUGAGGAGUACAUUGUUUCUGUUGAAUCAGGUUACCAACACAGACAUUUUGACUUUUGCAAUGACGAGGCUCAGAGCUUGUUUGAUAUUCUUUCUUGCCUUUCCAUCACUAAUGCAACGAUUCAUCAAGGCAACUGUGCAUUUGUGGGCGACAGGUGAAAGGCCAUUAUCAUCGGCUUCCUAUCUUGUCACAUGGGAUAUUGCUGCUAUGUUUAGUUCCAAUUACUUGGACACCUGCCUAUCAAAAGUUCUUGUAGCCUUUGUUUCUCGGUCCGGAGUAACAGAAAUUGUUGACAUCAAACAUAUGCAGUUUUUGAGAGAUUGCAUAGUUGAGUUGUGCUCUAUAGACGUGCAAAAAUCAUCUAUUAAGGCAGUUGCUUCCAUUAGUCAACUUGCCAAGUUAUAUAGCUGGGGGGUGCAAACAAAGAAGAAGGAAGCUGUCAGGAAGAUAUGCAGUUGGGAAUAUGUGAACUGUGUUGAUCUCUGGGUUAGAUUUAUAUCAGCCAACAUAAGCGACUAUGAUCUUCAGUCUUUGUUCUUUAUGACCAUUCAACUUAUAAAUGGUCUGGCUUACAUGUUUCCUGGUCCAAGAUAUUUCCCUCUAAGACUCAAGUGCAUUGGAUGGCUCAAUUAUCUCGCCCAUUCUGGUAGAAGUUUUAUUCCACUUGCUUCGUUGGUGCUGGAUAUUUUGGAAUAUAACAUUGGCAAGGAGGGAAGAAAAGCUCAAAAUGCCAUCAAUAUUGCGUCAGUGUUGAAGUUGCCCAAACAAUAUAUAAAAUCAAAAAGCUUCCAAGACGAAUGCUUUCACUCAGCCAUUGAACAACUCGCAUUGCACUUUGCUCAGUGGAGCCACCAUAUUUGUUUCCCUGACCUAGCUACAAUUCCACUGAUCCGUUUGAGAAAGAUUCAUGAGAUCACGACUAUAGAGAGCUUGCGUCGUAUGGUGAAGCGUUUAAUUGAUCAGGUGGAGCAGAAUGUGGACUUUGUGCAGAAAAAAAGAGAUGAGGUAUCUUUCUCCCCACACGAUCACCAAUCCGUGGAUUCUUUUCUUCAGCUUGAAAAGUCCAGUCUCAAUGCUCCAUUUACUCAGUACUACAGAAGUGUCCUGGAGAAGGCAGCUGAGAGGAACCUGCAUAAAUGUGGAAAAAUAAGUUUGCCGAAGCAGAGAAAUUUGAAAAGAAAUAGAACAGAGCCUAGAAAAGAACCAGUAGCUGCAGAAGUAGAUCAUCCCAUGGUUGAAAACGGAGUCGCGGAUGCUAAACGGAAGAAAAGAGUUACCAAAGUUCAAUGAUUAUUCACAAAAUGUUUGGCAUCAAGGAACUGAAUCAUUUUUGGAAUGAGGAAUACGUCAUUCAAGUUCAGCACAGUUUUUGUCGUCAAACUGUAAUUCUAUGAGUUGAAUUAAUAUUUUUUAUAACCAGUCCAAAUUUGAUAGAGUAGAGGCCAAAUCAGGACGAGUAUUAUUUGUUCCAUUGUAGUAAAAUUUGCAACUUAUAGAAAUGUUGAUUGAUUCUUCUCAUUGUGGAAAACUUUGAAACUUAUAGAAAUGUUGAUUGAUUCUUCUCA